AUGCAAAAGCUUUAUUUUGUCUGUUUCUAUAUUAAAUUUAAAAUAAAAUCGAGUCCAAGAUUUCUCUUUAAGAAAAAAAUCUUUGUAAAGGCUAUAUAAAAUCAUCUUCAAUUUGAUCUGAUAAGUACAACAAACUUUUGCACCAUCCUAAUUUUAUACGAUUUAACUUUUCUUACUUUUUGAUUUACUAUUGUCUAAUAACAAUCCAAUUAGCAACAAUAUCAUCAAAGAGAGAAUCGUGAUUAAUGUUGGUUAUCUUUUUCUCAAUAGAUGGUGCUGAAUGCCUCUUAAUGUUCUUAGCAUCUAGCAUGGCAUCUGGCGUUCUCAAAGUAUACAGACUAUACAGUCACGCACGACGAGUGGCACGAGUUCUUCGGUGUGUACACGGUGUACGAUUCCAGCUUCAGCUGCGGCUUCUUGCUUCUCGCAUUACACGGGAAUCGAGCAAUCUGAAACACAUCUAAAGCGAAAGAGAGAGAAAGAGAACGACAGCGCGUCCAAGUCUUGCUCGGCAAUGCCUCACCCAGAAUUGUCACGGGUGCCGUGGCGAUCAGUCACGUUGCUUCGACGGCUGCGGGGAUUCGCGAUGUAGCCCUCCUCCUUCUCUCCCACCCCCCCUCUGCCAAUCCGAGGAAAACAUUCUCUCUCGCGUUGAUAUCGUUAGAAUACCCCGAUUACAUCGAUGCGUCGUCACGCAACAUCAUCGACGGGAUCUCGCGCAACAACGGAUCUGGACCGCCGUAUCGAGUCACCUGCGAAUACCUGCGUUCCUCUUCAUAAUCCUCAUCACCGUCAUUGUCAUCUGCAAGAAGUGCCUUCUUUCGACCAUCAGUCGGCCGCCCGAUCACACGGAAGGCUGCAGCCGUGUAUGUUUCAUCUGUCCCGGCGAUGAACGCGAUGAUCUUACCUAUAUACAUCUUUACAUAAGCCUGCAUAUACGCCUCGAAAUGUAUCAACUAAUUACACAUACAACAAAAAUGCAUCGCGAUUGCUGAGACGCAUCACGAGUGCAAGAAACAAACAAAAACCGUCGUCCGGGUGAUCUGGAUCAGACUGAUAAACUUGGAUACAUAACCUAGAAGACAUAAUGUCCCAGCUAAAUAUCAGCACGGGUAAACGAGGCAGGGGGAUAGCGAGUACCUCCGCAUCGACGGUAUCUGCGUUGAGCAGUUCCACUGAUUUGGCAAGUCUCUUUGAGUGCCCCGUUUGUUUCGACUAUGUGCUUCCACCGAUCUUACAAUGUCAGAGCGGUCAUCUCGUUUGCACAAAUUGCCGACCAAAACUCUCAUGCUGCCCCACAUGCAGGGGUCCGCUAGGUAACAUCCGUAAUCUGGCUAUGGAAAAAGUAGCAAGUAAUGUGAUGUUCCCCUGUAAAUAUUCCACCAGUGGCUGCACAGUUUCACUUGUGCAUACUGAAAAGGCAGACCAUGAAGAUGCAUGCGAGUUCCGUCCAUACAGUUGUCCUUGCCCGGGUGCAUCCUGUAAAUGGCAGGGAUCGCUGGAACAAGUAAUGUCUCAUCUUAUGAUGAGCCACAAAAGUAUUACAACCUUACAAGGAGAAGACAUUGUCUUUUUGGCAACUGAUAUUAAUCUUCCUGGAGCUGUGGAUUGGGUAAUGAUGCAAUCCUGUUUUGGCCACCACUUUAUGCUAGUGCUUGAGAAACAAGAGAAAUAUGAUGGACAUCAACAGUUUUUUGCGAUUGUACAAUUGAUUGGUUCAAGGAAGCAAGCAGAGAACUUUGCUUACAGACUAGAAUUGAAUGGUCAUAGAAGGCGUCUCACGUGGGAAGCAAUGCCACGCUCUAUUCACGAGGGUGUAUCGUCUGCGAUUUUAAAUUCUGACUGCCUUGUAUUUGACACCUCCAUUGCCCAAUUAUUUGCUGACAAUGGAAAUCUAGGAAUUAACGUUACAAUUUCUAUGGCCUGAGAAAAACCAGAAAAAGCAGUAUAAAAAGAAGAGAAAACAUAAUUAUGCAGUCAUAUCGAGCAGUCUUUUGGAUUAUGGGUGCGAUAAAAAUAUUUGGGUGAGACUGCCCGUUAUGCACUGUUAACAGUUUUUUUACGUUACCAGAUGAAUAUUAGCAAUACAAAGAUGUUAGGAAAUGUUUGGAGUAUGUUGAUGAUAUGCAGCGUUCAAAUGCUCAGUACAGGAUCGAAAAGCUUUAAAGUAUAUUUGUGUGUGUGAUAUUUAUGGGUGUGACACUCACAAAAACAAAUAUAAUAAACAUCUUUUUAAAAUAUCCAUGCUAUGACUUUAAAGUUUUGAUGCAGUAUAAUAUCGAAUUCCGAAAAACAAAAGUACCUGAUAUCCGCGGUAUUGUCACAUUAUUCUUACUCAUUUCGUGUAUCAAUUUUUCAUUUAUAAUUCUCCAGGAAGAUACUAUAUGCAUUAUUGAAUUCUAUUAACAUCUUUUUUGGGUCUAUAUUUUAACACUUUCAAGACUUGGUAUAGCAAAUGCAAAAACAUUUUUCCAGGCAUAGCAUUUCAGAAGUUCAUUAUGAAUCUCGUCAUGCGAUUAUUGCGUUUAUUUGCCAUUAAUGUACAUUUUUAUAUCGCUAUUUAUUUUUUCAUUUAUAAAGUUUACUUUCUUUUGUGUUUGUAAAAUUCUCAUUUAUUUUGUUUCAGUUAUUUUAUCAAUGCUUUUAUACAGUAUGUUUUAAAUGUGGAGGUCAAUCGCUCGGGAAGUGAUUGGGGACCCAAAAACAAGAAAAAAGUUGGUAUGAACACAGGUCAGGAAAUGCGUUGUUUUCGAGUUAUCGCCAUUUUUAUGUUGAAAUUUCAAAUUGUUUUGCUUUCGAACUUUUUGGCAAAAUUGAAAGAAGAGAAGGUUUCGUACUUAUUUAUUUUUUUGUAUUUAUUUAUUUUUUAUAAUUUUAUUUGUAUUUUUUUAUUAUGGUUUUUUUUUUAUCCUGGGUAAUGCUAAAGCAGCUCACAACUUUUAUUUGACUUUAAUUAUGUUAUAAAACUCAUAAAAACCAUCUCUUCUUUUAAUUUUGACAAAAAAAUUCGAAAGCAAAGCAAUUUGAAAUUUCAACAUAAAAAUAGCGAUAACUCAAAAACAACGCAUUUCCGGAUCUGUUUUCAUACCAACUUUUUUCUUGUUGUUUUUGGGUCCCCAAUCACCUUUCGAGCGAUUGACCUCCAUAUUUGAAACAUUCUGUAUAUGUAUAUGCGUUUUGCAUAUGUGAUAAAUCUGGUUUUUGCAUAGCAUAUUAUUUGAUUAUUCGAUAUUAUGAUUAUAGAUACAAUAUUUUGAGAUUAUGCAAGCAGUGAAAGGGCAGAUCAGUUUUUACAAUUUAGUCUGAAUAUUAAAGCAUGACGCUAACAUUUUUACAACAAUUACAUUAAUAUGGUGAGGAGCAAUAUCCAAUUACAGAAAAGUUUCUGUAAACAAGAUAAAAAAAGAAAUCGAAAGUGAGUAAAACAAUUAUAUUAAAAUUUAAAAGAUAUUUCUUUUUUCAAUUUAAAUUUUAAUAUAUGUUGGGAUACCUGCAAAUAUUAACACCACUACUAUAUACUUAUUAGUAUGAAAUUAAACUGAUCUUUUAUUGAUACAAGUGAGAGAAAAAAAGACAUUGCUUUGUAAUAUCCAGUAUCUAUAUAUUGAAUUGAUUCUUAAUUGAUGUUUUCUUUUUAUACAAAUAACGUUUUAAUGCUAUUAUAAAUAUAGCAAUCAAACCACAUUAGAAUUUUCUUACAGCUUUAAAAACCUUUUUUAUUGAUUCUUAUGAUUCAUGCUCUUUGAAAUACAUCAAAUGCCUUUCUUUCUGCUAUUAUUAUGCAUAGCAUUCAUAAGUUUAAAAAAAAACAAUGAAAUAUCUGUACUAAAAACAGAGCAUUGAACUGAACUGCAUAACAAAAUCCAGAAAGACAUAUUAAGAGAAUGAAGGGGAGAGGUUAUGGGGAAGAGAUUACUUUCUUCGGAAGGACAAUUUAGACUGAAAUGUAAUUAUAUGACCCGAGUAGGCUAAGUCUAUAACAAUUAUAUAUUUUUCAUAGAUCGAAAAAUAUACAAGUUUUACUUUCGCUAAGUGAUUCAUACAACGUGAUCGCUGAAACAAUUUUGUCAAAGGCUACUACGAUAUUGAAUUAAUAUCGCCAUCAAUAAGUACUCAAAUUAUCGAUCAGUUUAAUGUCCUGUUAUACAUACAAUCAUGGAAGGAAAGAAGUUUGCGAAUAUAAACGGAAGCAUUGUUAUUGUAAAUAAAUCGCGGAAAUUUAUCAUGUGAUAUAAGUAGUAUGAAUAAUAUAAAUGAUAAUGUGCUGAUAUGUAUUCACAAUGUUGGAAAUAAUUCGAGGGAACCAAGUGCACAGUGUAUACACACUGUAUAUGAUUAGCAUGUAUUAUUAAGCUUAUACAAUUAUAUUUACACACAUCUAUUACAAAAAAGCAAAUAUUUAAUUUUAAUAGAUUGAAAUAAAAAGCGUUCGAGCAUUUUUGGCGGUUAUCGGAAAAAAGUGAGCAAAAAAAAUAAGGAAGUCGAAAGUUUUUUAAAUUUUGAUGUCUGUUAUUCUGUAUACCGAGACUGUAGAAGUAUCUUCCCAAUUUUUAGCGUAAAAUGUAAUUCUGCACUUGAAACUGCGAGAACCAAUGCGUUCGAGAAUCAUCAUAUUAAGAUUUUUAUAGUAAGAAUAGUUUGAUUAUGGAUACUGCAUAAAUCAUUAUAUGAGAUUGGAAAGAAUUACAAAUACACGCUAGUUGUGAUUUUUCUCUCUGUAGUGUAAACGCGGGAUUAUUAGAUCAUAUACACUGGACGGGGAGAGCAGGAUGAUCUAAUAAUUUGAAAAGAACACAUCACAAUUGUUAAGCAUUGUGUACAUAUGAUAAGAUUAACGAUAGCAUAAUCCUUAUUCUUUAACUAAGUAGUAAUUUAUUCUCUAGCAUCAUUCAUGAGGGCUUCAUUGCUGUUUUACUAAACUUGAUCAUAAGGAAUACAUCUUUUGUUUGAUUCUUCAUGAAUGUUCUCUUCAUUAUUUCAUUUAUAUUAUCCUAUUUAUAUUUUUAUAUCGAAUUAUAUGAUGUAUAAUAUUCUUAAACAAGAGUAAAAACUAUUUUAAUUUCAUUGUAGUUUGUGAACAAGGAAUAACAUAAUGAGCUAGCUGAUGGAAUAUAAAAUGUUGAAAGUUUUGAAAAUACGCUAUUGCAUAAUAUGAUAUUGAAAGACAUAAAUUAGCAUCUCGUUUUUGAAUGAUUCUAACAUAUUUUUUUUUUCAAAGUUUAUAUGUAAGAUUUAUACUAUAAUAUAAUUUCGUCUCUUUCACUUAAAAUUUAAAAUUUUUAAAAAUUAAGACUUGUGAGAAAUAUAUAUCAAAAUAUUUUAAAAUUUAUUACAUCAGUAUAUUAUAUGGAUAAUGAAAAGUCUUAUAUUUAAAAGAUUUUUCUGACGUAUUCUUUGUACACGCUUUGAGCCACAUUUAUUGAUAUUAAUGAAUAAUUAUUUAUAUACGAGAUCUGUAUAUUGCAACUGCAAUACGAGGAAUGAUUUAUACGUCCAAGCGUAUUUGGCAAAAGCGUGACAUAUCUCAAAUAAAUCAUAAAUUCGAGUGAACGAGAGUGUAAUGGGUUUAUCUUGUUUGACAAUUUGUAUGGUACAAUUAUGAAAUCGUGUAGACGAAUAAUAACUAUAAAUGCUCGAUCUUUUAAUGAUGAAUCUUUGGAUUCUACACGAUAUCAUAGAACAGCCUAAGGUGCUCAUGUAUCCGCAGAAUAUAUAGUAUAACUGUCGACAGAGAGAAUAGCUUUAUUUAAAUAUAAUGUAUAUACUUAUAUAUAUGCAUAUUUAUAGAAUCUACAGAAUGUUCAUGCCAUGUAUAAAGAAAAGUAUAAAUAAAAUUUUUUUAUAAAUA